AUGAGGUCAUACAACUUGACAUUAGAUGCUAUGAACUUUAACAACAACUUCACAACAACCAUUAACCCUGAAAUGCAAAGUUCUAUUAUGCCAUAUGUGAAAGUAUGGACUCAUUCAGGAGGUCAAAAAACUCAAUAUACAAAUAGAGACCGUUCAAACUUUUGGCUUGGCAUUCCAUUUGCUGACUCAGAAGACUUUAUGGGUGGUAUUUCAACUGUUGGUACAGUUCAAAUACAAUAUACUGGUGACAGAGACGGUCCAGAUGAAUUGAAAGCAAAGAAGUUUACAAAACCAAUAGCACUUUUCACAGAAGAUGCUCUUUUGAAAAUUCGUUCGAUGAAACCUGCUGGGGCUCCUCAGAUUGGUAUAACGACAGUUUCCAUCGAGCAGAUUUUGGAGGCAGGUCAGUAA